AUGUCUUAUUCAAAUAACACAACAAUAACAGUCACUUUAUAUGAAGCACCAUUACUACGUCAUAUUAAACUUUGUUUAUUACUAAUAUUUCAAAUACCAUCAGUUUUGUGUACAUUACUUAUAUUUUAUCAUUUUCUAAAGAAUAAUCGGGAAUAUCGUCAUCGUAUACAAAAUCAGAUAUUAGUCUUAUUAUUAUUCAUUAAUUUUCUAAUUGAAACAAUUGAAUUGACAAUAACAGAAACUUUUUUGAAUUUUGGUUUUAUUCAAUCAUCUAAAAUAUGUUUAUUUUGGAUUACAAUUAAUUAUACACUAUUUGCUUUGUCACUCUCAUUAACGGCAUGGACAUCAAUUGAGCGUUAUCUAUUCAUAUUUAAUGCACACUUUAUUAAAAAACAUUUAAUAUUACUACAUUAUUUACCGAUUAUAAUGCUCAUUAUCUAUACGCCAUUAUUUUAUAGUGGUCUAAUAUUAAUUUAUCAAUGUGAAAAUGAUUUUGAUUGUACAAAAUAUACUUGUGCUGGGCCAUGUUAUCUAUAUGAAGCACAGUUAGGCAUUACUGAUUGGUUAAUAAAUGUAUUUACACCUAUUAUCAUUAUUGCUGUAACAAAUGUCACAUUAAUAGUACAAGUUAUUAAACAAAAAUAUCGUAUGCAACGAACGAAUCAAUGGCGACGAACAAUAAAAUUGAGUAUACAAUUAUUAUCAAUAUCAUUCUUGUAUAUAUGUGGCUGGUUUCCAUAUAUGACUGUUUCACUUAUACAAAUAUUUGAAAAUACGUUAUUUUUAACACACCUAGUCUCAACAUAUGUUGCUUAUUUAGCAUAUGUUUCAGCACUUUUAUUACCAUUUGUUUCUAUUAUUUGUCUACCAGAUAUAAAACAAAAUUUAUUAUCAUUAUUAUUUAACAAUAAUAUUAUUCAUGCCGCAACAACUAGAACAAUAAACAAGACAAUUGCACAUACAGUGGCAAAAUUUUAA